AGACCUACUUAGGAGAUCAUACAUCAGUAACAGAAACAGGAUCGGCAUGAAGGUCACGACUAGUUUUUUGUUGGUUUUGGUGCGGUCAUCUACAACUUUGAUCGGUUUUGUUCCUAGUUAACAAGUCAUGAGUUCCGGGGAGGAGCUGUUUGAAUACGCCCGCCGCGGCAAGAGCGCAGAGGUGAAGGAGCUGCUGGCCGGCGGAACAAAGCCUGACGACUUUCUCGCCUACGACGGCUCCUCUGCGCUCCUGAUGGCGGCGAAGAGCGGUCAUAACGACACAGUGUCCCUGCUCCUCGACCACGGCGCCGAUUGGUCGCUGCAGACGGACGAUUUGUCAACUAUUUUGCACGUUGCGAUCCGGCAACCUGUCGUGCUUCAAAAUUUACUGACCCGGAGUAGAGAGGUCAAAACCACAGAAACGGAAACUGGAGAUAGCAGUACAACUUGUACGCCACUCAUCGUCGAUCAAGUAAACGAAGACGGGUUUUCUCCGUUGCACCUGGCGUGCUACUACGCUGACAUGGAGAGCAUAAAGGUUCUCGUCGAAACCGGUGGCGCGAACGUCAACUUGCUCUGCGACGAGGGCAGCGUGCUCGACAUGCUACCGGAAAGCUGUGCGCCGGAGGUACGGGAGUACCUCACCGCGCGGUUCGACGAAAAGCUUGCGAGUCGCGAAGCGGCGCCCGAGAAGAUCACGGAAAAGUAUGGGUAUGGCUGUUUCGACGGUGAUAAAGUCGAGGGCUGAGCGCAAAGAAAUAAAAAAAGGCAAUAAAAUAUCUUAUGGAAGGAGUCGUGCUUCUUCGCGCAUUUUUCUUUUGCAAAUCUAGGAAAAUCCAACGAGGUUGGGC